UUGCUGAAUGCAGUCAAACAGUAAACAGGGGAAGUUUCACAGAGCAUUUCACCACGGGUGGGAAGGGCUUAUUAAGAAGCAGAGAAACUGGAAUUUGUUCCCUUUCUUAGACACUCAUACAGGUUAGAACUCUGUAGGAAUAGGACAAUGGAGCGGCUGCUGCUGCUGUGUCUGAUUGUGCUCUCUGGGAUAAACGGCUCUUCAGCUCAGUAUACUACAGAAGUGCCACCUGAUGCCAACAUAGAGGACAAAAAUGUAACAACACAACAUUAUGAAACAACCUCUAUUCCUGAAGACUCUACCUCUGAUACAUGGGAAGACCUACAUCCACUUGUAACUACAGCCUGUCGCACAAUUGACUUUGAAACAACAACCGCAAGUGACAGUGAUAACCUUGGUUCAGAAGAUAAGUUGGAGGAAGGGUCUGAUGAUAAGUUGGAGGAAGGGUCUGAUGAUAAGUUGGAGGAAGGGUCUGAUGAUAAGUUGGAGGAAGGGCCUGAAGAUAAGUUAGAGGAAGAGCCUGAAGAUAAGUUGGAGGAAGGGCCUGAAGAUAAGUUGGAGGAAGAUCCCCUUAAAAAGUUGGAGGAAGGGGCAGAUGAGAAGCACCCAAGUGAAGAUAAUGAACCUUGUAAACUUGUGAUGGAUGAUAAUGAUGAUGACAAUGAAGUAGAACAAGAAAGCUGUGAUGAAAAUGCGUCGCUGGAAGAGAUGCGCAAAUUUUCUCAAGCUAUUACGUCCUUCAGCAUUGAUCUGUUGAAAGAAAUUGAUCCAGAAUCCCAAAAACCAAGUGCUGUCAUGUCACCAUUUAGCAUUGCUUUGGGGCUGCUCCAGCUGUCACUAGGUGCUGGGAAAGAGAUGCAGGACAAGCUGAUGGAGACACUCCAUGUUGAGUCAUUGCACUGUCUUCACAACAAGCUAAAAACUGUCAGGAAGGAACUCACAACAUCUAUCCUGAGAACUGCUACUCGAAUAUAUCUAAAGAAAGGUUUUCAGAUAAAAAAAUCUUUUUUGAAAAGAUCUGAGAAGUGGUAUGGAUCAAAGCCUAUGAAUCUGGCAAGCAAAAAAAAGCAGAAUCUGGAUUCCAUCAACAAGUGGGUGAAGGAUGUUACGGAAGGUCAGAUCCCACAUUUUCUCUCUGAUCUCCCACAAAAUGUUGCAUUAAUUCUGCUGAAUGCUAUGCAUUUUAAAGGAAUUUGGAAAAAUACCUUUGAUCCCAGUUUAACCUCCGAGGAAAUUUUUUAUAUCAAUGAUGAUGUAGGAGUUCCAGUGGAGAUGAUGAGUGCUCAGAAAUAUCCUUUCAGCUGGUUCUACUUGGAUGGCAUUGAGGGACAUGUAGCUAAGCUGCAAUUCAAAGGAAAUAUGAGUUUUGUUAUCCUAAUGCCUUUCAGUUCAACCUGGAACCUCUCAAAACUUCUGGCCAAUUUUAAUCAAUCUGACCUCUACAGUCGAUUCCCUAAAGAGAAGGCCUCUAACCUGAAAAUGCCUAAACUAAACUUGGACUAUAAACUGGAGCUUAACGAGGCUCUGACAAACCUUGGACUUGGGCAGCUAUUUACUAAUCCAGAUUUAAGUGGAAUAACCAAUGAGCCAUUGUUUGUCUCCAGUAUCCAACACCAAUCAAGCCUAGAGCUGAAUGAAGAAGGGGUUGAAGCAUCUGCAGCCACAGCCGUUAUGACAUCGCGUUCACAUUCAGUUUUCCGCAUCAAUCGUCCGUUUAUUUUCUUCCUCUUCGAGGACACCAUGGGUCUUCCUCUAUUUAUGGGGCAGGUCCGUGAUCCUAGCUCAGGGUAUCAGAAGAAGAGCAGUUCCAAAGACAAGAAAAACUUCAAUAAUGGCUUCUUACCAAAAUAGGAAUUCUUAUGUGCAAAGAAUAGGUGACUCCAUCCUGCACAGCAAAACUGAGCAUUUAAAUAGCCAUUUAUCAAGCUUUGAUAUUUAAUUUUUAUGUUUUUUUUGCUGAGGCAAAAUAAAGAUGUAUACUCGGAGUUUCCCUAGUAUGUAUUUGAUUUUACAACUGAAAGAACUUGGUAUUGAAAGGUACAUAUAAUAAGGAGGGAAUCCAAAAAUUCUAUAUUUAAGAAGAACUCACUUGCUGUGUGCCUGUUUGUAGUGCUCAUAGGACUUUAUAAACCCAAGUUGGCAAAACAAUUUGUAUUAUUUGUAGAGCCCUAAUGUGUUUUGAUUUUCUUUUUUUUUUAACCUUGCUGUAUUCUUUGUCUUCCUACAUUUUGAUAAUUGAUAACCUGUUGGAAAAACUGGUAUUUAUCAUUUUAUAUCUGUCUAAUCCGUGAGCUGCAUGGGAAAUGUUUUAAUCUGUUUUAAUAAAUGUUUAUUGUGACCAA